AUGGGCCCCUUUGCUAUAGCGCUUUUAAUUGGUCCGUCUGUUGUCAACUCGCUCUCCUUAUCUCUCUGUUCCUCACAGAACACCGGUGCUUCCAACGUUGAGUACGUCAAUCAGUACAAUUCCAACGGCUAUUGUCAUGAUAAGUGCCAAGGCUAUGCUUUUGGUGUAGUUCAAGGAACCAGUUGUUGGUGCUCCAACUAUGCUCCUUCUGAUACCUCUUCUUUGUCUCAAUGCGAUGUUGCUUGUCCUGGGUACGGCUAUGAAUAUUGUGCUUCUCAGUCAGACAAUUUGUAUGGCUAUGUUGCUUUAGGUCCUGAUGCUAGUGGUACUUUGGGUGGUUCUUCAAGUACUUCCGGAUCGAAUUCCGAGUCUUCCGUGCCAUCUGGUUCGAGUUUUACCUCAGGUUCCGGUUCAGGUUCAGGUUCAGGUUCCAGUUUAAGUUCCAGUUCAAGUUCAAGUUCAAGUUCAGACUCUUCCUCUACCUCAAGUCCUACUCCGACUGCCAGCUCUGCAAGAUCAACAUCGUCUACUUCAUCUCACUCCACAUCAGCAUCUCCAGUUAUCUCAACAAUCUACUCAGUCAUGACCAUCUCCGGUGAUUCCAAAUCAACCGUUACAAGCACCAUUCUUCAGACUAUGACAAUGUCAUCCUCUCAAAGCUCGUCUCCAUCCGCUGCUGCCUCAUCUAAUUCCUCUUCAAGCCAUAAAUCAGGAAACUCCUUUUUUGACAGUAAAGGAAAAGUCGCCGGAGUAUUCACUGUCGUUGGAAUAGUGUCUCUUGGUCUUCUUAUUUUACUUGCGUACUUCAUCUACAAGAAAUGUAUCGCCUCUAAAGUUCAUGGAGAUGACUACUUUGGCUAUUAUGAUGGAGAUAGCUAUGGAGGAAGUAGUUUGGGCCCCAAUGGCGCGCCAAGACUCGACUAUUCGGAUCUGGAGUCCAAUCCUCAUCAAAGAGAGUACGAAGAAAAGCGAGAAUCAGGCUUUAACGUUGGAGCUUACUCGGUGGCUGGUACCACCACGCCUAGUGGCUCUCCAACAACACAUCAAAGAGGUAAUAGCUUCCCUGUGGAUCCUCGCUUGGACCCCGGUAGCCCUCUCUACAGAAAUGUCCAAGGUGAUUUCUCGAAUAGAAGUCUCAGUGAUCAAGUCGAUUACUCCAGAAAGGUGCUCAAGGUCACCAAUGUGUGA